AUGAGUAAUACUAAUACUGUUGAUAUAUCAUUCUUUGCGAGUGAAACCGAUAUAACCUCUAUAGCUAAUCGUGAUGAGUUAAUUAAUGUGAUAAAUCAGCACCAUUUUUCAAAUGGUGCUGAUUUAUUAACCACGACCACGACGACACCUCCUGUGAAGAGACUGAAAAGAAAUUCUUCUAUUGCUACUAAUGAUAGAACUCCAUCACACAUACGGCUUUCGUCUUGUAGGAUCCGAAUCGAGAAAUUCUACAAAUCAGUUCCACUAUUAGAUAUACCUGUGUUAAUUAAGUAUGAUCCUGAAAUAAAGGAACAGAAAGAAAUGGGCUGUCUUACUAUAUUUAGUCCAGAUUUGAUUCCCUUGUGGUCUAUACGGCAAGAUUUCACUGCUCUCUCCCAAGAUAAGCUUUUAUUGAAAAAUUUAUCAUUAGUUAGUUUGAAUUAUUCUAUUCUUAAGGAUGAACAAAAAUUGAAUACUUUAAGAAAUCAUUUGUCGGACUCCGGAUCUAAUAUUACUUCCAAAGGUUCUAUAUCAAAGAAAUUUAGAUUGAAAUCAUAUAAUAAGAAAAUUAACGAUACAUUAAAGAAUUUAAGACCUAAAAGGAAACAAUUGAAAAAUAUCAUUAUUAAAAAUAGUAAAAUUAAAUAUGAUACACUUUCAUUUGAUAUUUUCCUUGAAUUUCAUAAAAAUUCUUUUAAUAAAUUUACAUCUGAAACAGGAUCGUACUUAGAUUUAUUAUUCUCUACUAAUGAUCAAUCCUCAAUACUACAUCAUAUUAUAAACUCACCUUUUAUUGAGAGACACUUCAUUACACAGACUAUAAAUUAUACCAAAACCCAUUUAACUGACAAAUUUGAUACAAAUUCAUUCAAAACGAUACCAAAUUUAAACGUUAAUCUUUUGCCAUUUCAAAGACAAAGUUUACAUUGGUUACUAUCAAAAGAAGGUUAUAAAAUGACUACAGAUACACCCCACGACGUCAUUAUCCCCUCGGAUUCAGAUUUAUUACUAUUUCUUAACGAAUCUAUUUGUUAUGGGUAUGAAGUCAUGAACUCUGAUAAAUCAAUACAUUAUUUUUGGAAUAAAUUUACGAACUAUAUUCUGGACUCAGAUUCUGCAAGAGAAAUGUAUGUAAAUCAUUAUUACCUCUCGAACAACAAAAACCAAAAACAUGCAAAGGGAUUAUUAUGUGAAGAAAUGGGGUUGGGGAAGACCAUUGAAAUACUUUCAUUAAUCCUUUUAAAUAAACGUCAAUUAACCCAAACAGAAUAUGAUUCUUCUAAUUCCUUAAUUUCGUAUACUAAUGAACUAGGAAAAACCGUUCUAAAGACAAAGACAACUCUAAUUAUAUGUCCAAAUCCGCUAUUGCAACAAUGGAUUAACGAAAUUAUGCAACACACAAAUAAAGAUUCUGUAUCAGUAUUCCAUUACCAAGGUUAUAAUAACGUUAAGCAGACCUUCAACACGGAUAAUAUCAAUGAAAUUGUCCGCAAGUUAUCUCAAUUUGAUGUUAUCAUUACAACUUACAAUGUAAUCAACAUGGAAAUACAUUACACUCAAUACAAUGCAAAUCAAAGAUCAAGAAGAAAUAAUAAUAAUGCCCCAAGGUAUGAUUAUUCGUCUCCAUUGUCCUUAAUGCAAUUUUUCCGAAUUAUUUUAGAUGAGGUCCAAAUGUUGAAAAGUGAUAAUACUCAAGCUGCAAAAUGUACUUCAUUACUGGAUAGAAUCCAUACGUGGGGUGUAUCAGGUACACCAAUACAAAACGUUAAAGAUACUCAAACAGUGUUAUCAUACUUAAAGAUUCGUCCAUUUUGUGAUAUACCUGAUAUUGUAUCUAAUUUAAAUACUAACAUUUUAGAGAAUGUUAAAGACCACAAAACUGAAAUCGAUGUUGCGCCAAACAAAGGAACGAUAUUGAAAAGUGGUAUACACUUUUCAAUAAAUGAACUUUUGAACAUUUUCUUAAAAUAUGAUAUUUGUAUUAGACAUAUAAAAGAAGAUGUAAUUGACCAGAUUCACAUUCCAAAACAAACCAAAUACCUUAUUCCAUUAGAAUUUAAUCCUGUCGAAUGGGAUAAUUAUAUUAAUACUUGGAAUGAAUUUUUGUUUAUUUCAGGGUUUGGUCCAAGAGGUCAAAACAAGUCUCGAAUCCCCCCGGCACAAUUAAAUCAAUGGCUAAUAAAACUAAGAUACCUAUGUUGUCAUGCAGUUAUUCCUGAGAAUAUUUUGAGUAUUUUUGAAGGACGAGCACAUCAUCGAGGGUUUAAGAAGAAUCAAUUGAAGAAUUCAAAACUCGGACAAUUAGAUACCCAAAUUACAUCUGUUCAUAAUAUUAGUGAUAUUCUCGAAUUGAUGACGAUUAAUGCUACAGAAUUACUGGACACUUUACAUAGAGAGAACAUUCAGUUACAUCUCAAAGCAGCACAAGCUAAGAUGGAAUUGCAGAAUAUGCCUAAUGAAGCUAUUGAUAUAUUUUCCAUUAUUAUAAAUGAGAUCAAAGAUGAUUUAUGGAAAAAGUUUAAUAUUAGAGACCCAUUUAAUAUAAAUCAAACCAACGAUAAAUCUCUUCCACAGGGUAAAGACAAAGUUGACGAUGCAAUUGAUAUUAUUGUAACGGAAGAUGAGGUUAUCUCUUCUAAGAUCCAAAUCAGAGCAUACAUAGAUCUACUACACCAAUGUUUCUUUUUUAUUGGUACAGCAUAUUAUUUUUUAGGUUCAAAGAAGUUAGAAGAAAUUGAUGACAUGAAUGAAAAGAUAAAUCUGUUAAACGAGAAAGAAGGAUCGCAUUCUCGUGAGCGUAAAGAGUAUAAUGAUGUUUAUUCCGCUCAAGAAAUGAAUACUAUUCAUAAACACCAAUUACAAGAACAAAUGUAUUAUGAACAUGCAGAAAAAUUGAGGAGGCAAAUGUUAAAGGAAAGGUCUGAGAAAGUUGAUGAAACGAUACAAGAAGUAGAUGACUAUCUUUACAAGAAACAAAAGAAUGGUAGGUCGCUGACUAAACUCCAAGUGAUUGAAUAUGAGGACGAUAAAAAUUUUGCUUCAAAUUUCCUUACUCAAAAAUUGUUCAAGUCCCUCGGAACUUCCGUAGCAUCUUUAAACAACCAAGCAAAACAGUUCAACGAGUUCAUGAGAGAAGUGAUUAAAAUUUUACACAGACCAAUUUCAAAGGAAUAUACAGAAGCAAAUGAGGAAGAGAAAGCUGAGGAAUACGGAAGUUCUAUAGAUAAUCAAGAUAAAAUAUAUGCAUAUCUACAUUGUCUGGAAGAAGUAUUGAAAAAUAGGGAUAUUGUUAUUAAUUCUGAAGACGAUGUCAUUAAAUUAAAUGCCAAAACUUUGGUUGAUAUCGAUCCCAAUUAUUCUGAGUUCCACAUUAAACUAAUAAAGAAAUUGAAUUUAAUAAAGGAGGGUGUAUCUUUGAACUCUAUUUUUAACGAAUUGAAGAAUUCAAAGAUAGUACGCGGUUCAUUGACUACUGUCACUACAAGUAACAGUUUUGAAGAUCAUUUAUUAAGUUACGAAGGUGAGAUAAAAAGAAUAAAAAAUGAGAACAAAGCAAUUAGAGAAUCAAUUAAAAAACUAAAUGUUAUCUACAAUAGUAAAAUUGAAUACUUUACUCAACUUCAAAGAAUAUCAGAUUCCUUGGUAUCAUUGAUUCAGUUAGAACCACACGUAAGGAAUAUUAUCGUUAAAGAAGUCAAGACUCACAAAAGAUAUGACGCAAAUGUCAAUAAAAUUAAUCAAACAAAAUCUAGAGUAAAUUACUUAAAGAAUUUAAGGAAAUUGAAAGAAUUAAUUGACCAAAACAAGUCAUUUACCUGUUCUAUUUGUCUUGGUGUCAUAUAUCUGGGCUCUAUUAUGAAGUGUGGUCAUUUCUUUUGCAAGAGCUGUAUUCAUAAUUGGUUGAAAAACCAUAAGACUUGCCCAAUUUGCAAAGAAACAACAGAUAUUUCCGAGGUUUAUAAUUUUAAAUUUAAAAAUGAAGAACAGCAUAAGGUUAAUUCGUCAAAUAGUGAACUAAGUGUAGCCUCUGAUCAAAAUAUAGUUAGUGUCACAACUGGAAUAGUUAAUCCAACUAGUACAUAUAGCGACGAAUUAUUUUCACUUAGUGAUAAGUACUCGAACUUUCCACAGAUGAAUGAAGUUCAUAAAAUAAAAAUUAAGGAAAGCUUCGGAGCCAAGAUUGAUUUUGUAAUAAAAUUAAUUCUAUUUUUGAAAUUACGUGAUCAGUCUGAAAAUAAAAUACCUCCACAAAUUCUACUUUACUCGCAGAAUAUUGAAUUUUUGAAGAUAAUAACCCAUAUCUUAACUUUGAAUAAUAUAUUAUUUUUAGAAGGUUUUCAAAAUAAAAAAACUAUUAGUAAUACUAUAGAUAAGUUUAAGAAUGAUUCAACUAUUACUUGUCUAUUACUAAAUGUGCGUACAUUAGGUACAGGAUUGAAUUUAAUGAAUGCAAAACAUAUUUUCCUGUUAGAUCCAAUUAUAAAUCACGGUGAUGAAUUACAGGCAACCAGUCGUAACAACAGAAUUGGUCAAACGGAGGAAACUUUUGUGUGGAAUUUUAUGAUGAUGGACUCGGUUGAGGAGAACAUUAUAUUAUAUAAACAUGACUUAGAGCAUGAUAAAUUAAGAGGGCGGAAAAGUGACUCUAAAGAGGCAGAAGAAUCGAUUGAUGACUCUGAUAAUGAUGGUGCCAAUUAUGAGAUCAAUGCGGACUCUACUGAGAUGGUUGCCGAGAAACAUAUUUGGCACUGUCUUUUUAGACCAGAAUAA